AUGGUUUUCUCUUUGCCGCUGUCCUUCAAACCUUUGGACCAUGUGGAGCUCUUUAGUGGGAAGAUGGCAGUCACGGUUGCGGAGAUGCAGGAGGGAAGGAAAUGCGCGGCCUAUGACAUGGACUACGACGACAAGUACAUGAACAUCUUGGAUCCCCAAGGUUUUGCGGUGGCGGUUUACCAAGUGCUGCGAAUCAAACCGGGGGGAUCCCUCACCCUCGCACCGGUGUGUGGAACGUGGGUGUGGCUGUCGCGAGGCAGCACCAAGCGUUCAGCCCAAUGUCCGCUUGGAGAUCCCUCGGCCUCUGCCGCAGUGGCGGGACAUCGCUACAUUGAGGAGAUUGACAACUACAAGCCACGGCAAGGCACACGUGCCGUUGCAAGCGGCCCUAUGGUGCGGCACUACCGCGACUCGAAGGGUCGACCCCGGGUGCAAGGUGCAUCGGGCUUGAAGGAUUCCCAGAGCUACACUCCAGCGUUUGGCCGUGCAAUGGCAAAGCUGCGCACUAGGAACCAGGCUCGGGUCCGACGAGAAGCAAAGGCUUUCCUGAAAGCUGCGGCGCAGGUGAGCCAUGCCACGUUUUAUUCUGCGGACGGCCGGGAGGCAGUUCCGACGUCAAAAGGUGUUCAGAAGACCCAUAAGGGGAAGGACCCACCCAAGACCAGGGUUUCAGGGAAAAGUAAGCCGGUUGAAAGUCCAGCUUCGUCAACUACCACGGCUACAAGUCGAAAGGGCCAACCGUUUGUCUACACCACCCCAGUUGACAAGAGGACUCCCGCGAUCAAAUCGCCACCUGCAGCUUCUGAGAAGCUGAGCCCUGAGUUGAAUGAUGCGAUGAAAAUGAACAAGAUCAACGAGGUUAAGGCUGCCAAACAGAAAGGAGAGAAGGAUGUCCACACAGGAACAGAGAAGGUUGCGAACAAGGAGAAGAAAGACAAAAAGGAAAAGAAAGAUAGCAAGCACCAGAAGAAAGAGAACAAGAAAGAGAACAAGAAGGAGAAGAAAAGCGAGAAGACAAAGAAAGACAAGGCAGAGGAUGAAGCAAAGGUAGAGAAGGCAGACAACAGAAAGGAUCAGGAGAAGGAGAAAGCGAGAGAUAGCAAGGUUUCCAAGAAGACAGACAAGAAGGUGAGAGAAGAGGAUCAGAGUAAGAAAGAGCCGAAGAGUUCCCAGGCUGCCAAAGGUGGCAAGGAGAGAAAGGAAACAAGGAGCAAAGAGGAGAUCAGCAAAGCAAACCCGACACAGCCUCCUUCGCAGCAAGUGAAGAAGGCAAGGGCAGCACUUGGAGACAAAAAAAAUCCUGCAGCAGAGAAUGAGACACAUGAGCCAGACAAGGCAAGCAAGAUGAAGAAGCUCUCCCGGGAAGAGAAGCGGCAGGUUUUCAGUUCUGACCUCGCAGUCAUGGGCGAGGAACAGAUUGACAAUUUGAUUGCCUCUUUGCGAGUUGAAAGAAAGGAGAAUGAGAAGGUAGGCGAACCUGAGGAAGAUGAGGCAGGAAUUCUAAGUCAGGAGGAUGGAUCGGAAGGAGAAAAUGAUGGUAAGGAGGCUGAAGAUGAUGAGGACAAGGACAAUGAGCAGGAUGGUGAAGAAGGAAAGGAGGAGGAGGAGGAUGAGCAUGAUGACCAGGAAGCCGAGACAACGCAGGAGGAGCAAGGUGAGGAAGAGGAGAAGGAAGUGGAUGGCAGCGUUUGCCUUGGUGAUCUUGGUUCUGAGCAAGACGUGCAUUCCGUCUUCGGGUCCUCCUCAUCCGAAGAUGAAGAUGCGAGCACCCCAGCAGCUCCACCUGGCCAAGCAGUUGCAGAGGUGAUCGAGAAGGCAACCCUCAAGGCAGAGGAGGAGGCUCAGAGAGCCAACAGUACCACCAACCGUGCUGAGUGGGCCGCGUUCAGCAGAGAAAUCAAAAACAGGCAGAAAUUCCCAGUCCAGCUGUCGGACCACCUGGCACGGGACAAGACCGACCUCUUUAACCUGUGGCUGCAGAACGGCCAAUCUCUCAAGAAGGUCGCCGUGGUUUUGGAACGACGGGUGGAAGCUGUGAACACGGUCCGCACUGGGCGUGAAGGGAAGAAAAAGCGUGAACUUGAAGCCAAGUACCCAGCUGCUAAAGUGGAGCAGCUCACAACCCUUUUGAAAUCUCGUGGAAUGUGGUAUUGGGAUCCCGAUUUCCCAGGCGAUGAAGAGGAGAUCUAUUACUAUGCUGGCACUGGCAACCAGAUCAGAAGGGAUGACAUCACAGCAGAGGGGAUGUCCCUACGUGGCACUGCCAAUGCAGAUGCCCCAACCCUUGAAGCUGUCGCCGGAGAAGGUGGGCCUCUGGCCAGCGGAGCUCUUCCUGCCCUCGACAUGGCCUCACCGGAGGGUAUCAAAAACACUUGGCAGGCCACCAAUGCAGGACCAGUUGUGAAAGUGAAGGCGCCAAAGGCACCCAAACCAUCACCGGCUGAAGAACAAGUUGCCAAAACUGUUCCAGAGUAG